CCCCCAUUCAACCACUAGCUUUAAUGUCCCUGUGUGUUUACUACACUACUUCGUAUAAGGAGACAUUCGCCUUUUACAUGCAGUGAACUCUCUGCAACAAAGCAGUGCUUUUAGUGUUCUUUUAAAGAAAACCCUUCAGGAAUCCACAAUGCCCAAGAGAAAGGGAGCCGAUGGAGAGGCCAAGGAAGAGCCCCAGAGAAGAUCAGCAAGAUUAUCUUCGAAGCCUGCACCUCCCAAACCUGAGCCCAAGCCCAAAAAGACAGCCAAGAAGGACAAGGCAGUGAACGACAAGAAAGAAGACAAAAAGGCCAAGGCGAAAGCCAAGGAGACCACAGAGCCUGAGGCCAACGAGGAAAACCACGCAGAAAACAACGGAGAGGCCAAGGCCGAGGAGGUCGAGGCAGCCCCUGAGGAGGAAGCUGCGGAGGAAGCCAAGUCUGAGUAACAGCACUGCCCCGUCUCUCAGUUCCCCCUCCUCCUCUCUUGUUCUCACCGUUCCCCCCAUCUUCCUCUUCUCCUCCCCUUCCUCUCACCAUCUCUUCUCCAGCCCAUCUUCAGUCCCAGGAAAGCCCGAGCCUCUUGUGUGGUUUGCCCCGACUCUCUCCAAGGCGUAUUGAUAAAACAGAGGAAUAUUUUUAUCGAUGAUUUUAUAAGUAUCAGUACAGAUUUUUAGCACAAACAAAAAAAAGAGAAGAAAGGAAAAGCUAGACAGUCGGAGCAGCUGACCCGACGUUGCCGCUAUCAUAUCAAGAGUCUGCGAGCAAGAAAAAAAUCACACAAAACACAUACACACACCAUACAACAAAACCCUUUUUCUGUUAUUUUUUCCUUCUUUUAUAAAAACAGCGUUCAUGAUUGUCGAUAGCUUGUCUGGUCUAGACAGAGUGUAGCUGCGUGUAAAGAAGUAGUGUGUGUCGUCCCUUUUGCGUUUGCGAGCCGUCUCCUUUUACCUGUAAGCCCCAUAACACGUUUUAACAUGAGUGAAUAUCUCUCUCUUUUUUAAUGACUUUUCAUCUGUGCAGUGGGUUUUUUCUGGCUUUUAUUCGUCUUCUGCCCGGAAAUUGGGGUUCAUUUUUUUUUGUUUUUCGUUUUCAUUUCAGUGUAUUUGUCCAUAAAGAAAGAGGAAUUAGAACAUCUGACAACAUUCCAAGCAGUGUAAUAAACAUGGAACAUUGAGUUGACGUAACUCUGGAAAAGAAAAAAAUUAUGAAUGAAAUUAAAAUUCCCUGCUGAAACACCAGAGAGAAAGAAAUAAACACAAUAAAAUAUUUUGUUAAAACAAAAUGACAAACAUAAAAAGAACCAAUACCAGCUUGUUCUAGGUCUUGCUGUUGUUCAAAAAGCGAUUUUCUAAAUGCUAAUUUUUUUUAAGGAUUUAAAUUUCAUGCAGGUGACUGUAAAACCACUCUGAUGUUCUGGAUGUCUCUUAAUAAAAGAAAACCUUGGAAUUUUC